UGAAGCCGAUGUUUUAUUGGAAUUACUGCGAUGGUUUUUAGGAGAGCCGCUCAGUGUUGUAUAGAAUAUGCUUGGGUGAAAGAAAGAAAUUACGUUUUAGAAGAGAAAAUAAUAAUCAUACUCGGAUGUUAUUCGAAAAUGAAAUUGCUUCACACUGAUUUUUAUCUCUGAUAUGGCUGUGUAUACCAGUAAUGAAAAAAUUUGACAACAACGUUAAAUUUUGUUGGAUUAUGUUCAAGAUUUGUUGUUUAGAACUUUUUCUUCCUUGAAAAAGUAGAUUCAUCACCUGAGUUUCUGUGAGUGAACUAAAAUAAUAACAUUAUGGAAGUUAUCAAGUCAUUGGGUGAAAGAAACACUGUUCAUAUUAAUGGAAAUAAAAUUGAAUUGAAGACCAAAAUGAAAACUGGGAGAACGUUUAUGAAAACUUCUUUGGAUUUUAGAGAUGCUGUUAGCGUUGAAAAAUUUCAAGUGCCGAAUAAGAACUGUUUACAAUUUAAUAAAAAGGCUUGGCUUAUAAGUCAAGCUUGUUACAAAUUUUUCCACAGAGUUCAUUCCUUUUGGUGCUUAAAAACCUUGCCAACAAGUGUCGCUUUGAUGUUACUGUUUCAAUUAUUUGCACCAAUCUGCGAAUCAUGCUAUGUUUUUCCGCCAGGCAAGAAAAACCCUUGCGCGAAUAUGGAAUGUGAAUUAGGUGCAGUGUGCGUAUCAUCUAAGGAUGGCCUUGAGGCCCGAUGUGUAUGCCCGCGGGUGUGUCAUAACUAUGGUGAUAGUGAUGAAAAUUUACCCGUAUGCGGAAAUAAUGACAAAGAUUAUGACAAUUAUUGUGAGCUUCGUAAAGACUCGUGUAAGUCUAUGAAGGAAAUAAAAGUAAAACAUUAUGGAAACUGUGAUCCUUGUGAAAAAGUGAAAUGCAAUGGCCAAGAAGUGUGCGAGAUCGAAGACCAUAAACCGAUUUGCCGAUGUCAGAAAACAUGCGAGGAUGAUAUAUCACCAAUUUGUGGUAGUGACAAAAAGACAUAUGGCAACCUGUGUUUACUGAAACAGCAGGCAUGCCGUUUAGGGCGAGAUAUCUCAGCACUUUAUGACGGCAAAUGCCAAGGCAGUACAGGAGGAGAAGCAGGUUCCGGCGGCAUUGCAGACGACAACCCAUGUUCCGAAAAGAGGUGCGAGACCUACCAGCUGUGCGUUAUUGACCGCCUCGGUCAGGCAUCGUGUAUAUGUCCAUCACCAUGCCAACAGUUGUUAAAUCCGGUGUGCAGUAGCGAUGGUGUGACAUAUGAUAACGAAUGUGAACUGCGGCGCCAGGCUUGUAUCAGGCAUGCAAGGAUAUAUGUUGCUCAUACGGGACCCUGUGAGGAUCAGGGACCUUGUUUGGAAAGAAAAUGUACUUAUGAUGCCGACUGUAUUGUACAAGAUGGAAGAUCAAGGUGUGUGUGUCCUAACUGCAGUUCUGAGCCCUAUGAUCCAAUGUGUGGCAACAAUGGAAUAACCUACGAGAAUGAUUGCGAAAGACGACAAGAAAAUUGUCAACGUAUGCAAGUAACACAAGUUGAACACAGAGGUCAUUGUAUGGAUUGUACGCUCGACAACAAUUUUUGCAAGUACUACUCCACGUGCGAAACAUCAGACGGCCUCCCUAGAUGUGUAUGCCCCACCAACUGUACACAGUCUAUAACAAAAGUGUGUGGUACAGAUGGUAACACAUAUAACAAUGAUUGUGAACUGAUGGUCGCGUCUUGUAAGAACAGGAAACACAUUUUACUGCAUAGAUUCGGAGAUUGUGAGAACUGUAAUGGUGUUCAGUGUAAAUAUGGAGCAGACUGUGUCCAUGGCACUUGUGUUUGCCCCCAGGUUUGUCCUCAUGACUACCAGUCUGUCUGUGCCAGUGAUGAGAAAACCUACAGAAAUGCCUGCGAGAUGAGGAAAGAAGCAUGCCGAUUGAAUAAGGAAUUAGAAAUAGUAAAGAGUGGCGAAUGUCAUGAGAAUGAAAUAUCUGGGUCAGGAGAAGGUUCAGGGUCGGACUGCGAGGAUAGCUUGUGUGAGCGUUAUGGCGGUACGUGCUACCUUGACAUGGAGGGUAUCUCCAGAUGCUCCUGUAGCUUCAGUUGUGAUGCUGUAAGAUCUCCAGUUUGCGGCUCUGAUGGUGUGACUUAUGGAAACAAAUGUGAACUGGACAAGGCUGCCUGUAAUGGACAAAAAAGAAUUGUUGUGCAAUCAAUGGACAGCUGUGAUGAUAUGGAUGAAGUUUUAUGUGAUGGACUCAGCCCUGUGUUAAAUUCAGCCACUGGUCUUCCAUAUGCGUGUACAGGCGGCCACGAUUGCCCAUCUGGGAGCUACUGCCAUGUGCAAUUCAGAAAGUGCUGUAAUGAAGAACGGUUAUCCGACAUCUAUAUCGAGGACUGCUCGGAGAGUGUUUACGGAUGCUGUGACGAUCAUGUGACUUUUGCUCCGGGACCAGAUAAAAGUGGUUGCCCAGAUCAAUGCCAGUGUAACCCGAUGGGAUCUUUAAGUACGACAUGUCACCCGGUGAAUAAGAAUUGUACCUGUAAGCCAAAUGUAGGAGGUCCAAAAUGUGAUAGGUGUGAGCCCGGCUAUUGGGGCCUGGCCCUGAUCCAUGAAGACGGCAAAUCAGGUUGCAUGGAAUGUCUUUGUGAUCCCAUUGGAGCGAGUAGGAAGGACUGUCAACAAAAUACUGGCCGAUGUCUUUGUAAAAGUGGGUAUGAUGGUCAUAAGUGUGGAAGAUGUAUAAGCACUGGAAGGCCAGCUGGCUCAAUGGGUUGUGAGGGAGCCCGUGUGCCGGAGUUUUAUGACGGUGGACAAACAAAGUCAUGUGGGGAUCUCAUAUGUUACUAUGGUGCCACUUGUUCUGACCAAUACAAAAUCCCACAAUGCUUCUGUGACUUUCACUGCCCGGAGUAUGAUUUCCCGACCACUGGUUAUAUGUGUGCUACUAAUGGCCUGACCUACUUAAGUGAAUGUAGCCUGAAGAAAGAGGCCUGUAAAAGACAGCAGGACAUCAAAAUUGCUUACAAUGGCCCAUGUAGAGAUGUUCUCACCCUUGGUCCUACAGAUGUGCCGUACACUCCGAGGUCACGCAAGACGACCAGACACAUCCAGGCCAGUAACUACAUGACACCAAAAAAAUUAGACCCAACAGUAGGACCACCCAUUUAUACAGUGGACUUUCAUAAAUAUGGUAGGAUAGGAGACCUGUGUUUGGAGGACAGCUAUUGUUUUAUACCUAAUAGUCAUUGUUACCUUGCUCUCUGUCAAUGUAAUGAUGGUUACAUACCAACCUACGAAAAUACUCAAUGUUCAAAAGUGAUUCAGGAAAGUACAAAUGAAGUUAUUCCAGAUGAGAUGAACACAUGCACAUUAAGCCCUUGUUUACACCAAGGUGUCUGUAAACUAGAUGACAACAUAGGAUUCCGAUGCUUAUGUAAACUUGGCAGGACUGGAAACAUUUGUAACAAAAGAACAUCAUUUUCAAAACCAUCAUUUUCGGGUUCUUCAUAUCUCACGUUACAACCACUGGGCAAUAUCACUGAAGAUUUCUAUCUUGAUAUUGCUUUCCAAUCCUUCAACCGAGAUGGUAUUUUAUUGUUUAGCUCUCAAAAUGAAGACGGUACUGGACAGUUUAUAUCUAUAGCAAUAAGCGGAGGAUAUAUAGAGUUCAGGUAUGAUACAGGGAAUGGGCCAAAACAAAUUCGUCAUCCGUAUGAAAUCUCCAAACACAAGGUCCAUCAAGUCAUAGCCAAGAAGAUGGGUCAGAAGGCAAUGCUGAUAGUGGACAAUAUGGAACCUGUUGUAGCUAUCACCAUAGCAACGGAACAUUACCUAGACCUGUCCGGUAGACUGUAUCUAGGAUAUUUACCACAAAAUCUCAGCUUUGUCUCUGAGAAAGUUGGGGUGAACCAAGGAUUUGUCGGUUGUGUAGAAAAGCUGACGGCUGGGCAUAUGGACAUGGCAAGAAUAUUUAACCUGCAAUAUCCCAGUUCCUCUACUCAAAUAGUAGAUGGUUUAGAUGUUGGACCCUGUGAAGAGAAUCCUUGCGGCAGUAUGCCAUGUUUGAAUGGGGCCACCUGUAUAAUGCUAAACAAAGAGAUUUACCAAUGUCUCUGUUUCAAAGGCUACAAAGGAUCAAAUUGUGAGGAGCCUAUAGAUAUUUGCACAAAUUCACCAUGCCACCCAAGUGCUACAUGCAGCCUGGCGGAUACUGGAGAGAUCUUGUGUCAUUGUCCAGAAAGUAGAGAAGGGCAAUACUGCGAGUAUGAGAAACUAGCGGAGAUAGAGGUGCCAGAGUUUGGUGGAGAUUCCUUCCUGGUGCUGCCAAUAUCUGAUAAUCUGUCUGAACAAACUAGUAUAGAUAUUUGGUUCUUAACUAAAUCUUCUAAUGGUAUGUUGUUAUAUGCAAGUCAGUACCUUGGUGGCCAAGGCGAUUUCCUGUCUUUAAACAUUGAUGAUAGAUAUGUAGAGCUCAGAUUUGACCUUGGAGAUGAUCCUGUUGUAAUUAGGAGCACAGAUAGACUGAAGUUAGAUAAAUGGCACAAGGUGUCUGUAAAGAGGACAGCAAAAGAUGCAGAGUUGAUCAUAGAUGAUGGCCUUCCUGACAAAGGUUCUUCUCAGGGACAUCUUACUGGGCUACAAUUUACUGGUAGUCUGUAUGUGGGAGGUUUUAAAGAUAAGAGAGAUUUGCCUACAGGAUCACAUAUAACAGACAGAUUCAGGGGUGUUAUACAGAGGAUUUAUAUCAAUGGAAAGUUGAUUGAGGAACCAAUUAGUUCAGCUUUAGAGACGUUGCACGUAUCGCAGUACACUGGCCCACCAUGCCGUAUGAACCCUUGUUUGAAUGGUGGUGUGUGUAUACCAAAUCUGGACAAAGUUGACUGUAAAUGUCCGAAGCGAUUUAUUGGACAGUUAUGUGAGAAAGCUUUUGUUUCCGUUGCAGUGGCGGAAAAUUUGGAAACUAGUCGACCUGUGAGAUUUAACACAGAAACAUAUCUCCAGUAUUAUAAUGAGAUCAUGUCAAGUCAACCAGCACAGAAGGUAAACAAAUACCAAUUUCGAUUCCGUACACAUCAGUUGGCUGGGCUUCUUAUAUUCCAAGGUCAAGGACCAACUGUGAGUGACUAUAUAGCUCUUGUUAUUAGUGAUGGUUAUGUUGAGCUGAGUUACAACCUUGGCAAACAGUCAUUAAAUAACCUUCUACGGGCAAGAUCGUCAGUGUUUGUCAGUGACGGUGAAUGGCAUACUGUGCAUGCAGAAAGGGACCAUAGAGAAGGCAGGUUACAGGUUGAUAAAGAACCUAUGAUAACUACAACAUCAGAUUCAGGGGCCACACAACUUGAUACAGAUGGCAUGCUUUGGAUAGGUGGUCGGCGAGAUCUGCCUACAGGAUUGCCUCAAGACUAUUACAAAGGUUUUAAAGGCUGUCUAGGGUUUGUGUUUAUUCUUGACAAACCUUUACAUCUGUAUGAUCACAGAAACGGUCUUGGAAGUACUAUGGAGUUUUGUCACUUAUAGCAUGAGGUUUUCACGAUGAUCAUUCGCGAUACAUAAGUCAUCAUAUUUUUAAAAUCAAUCAAUGUUGAAUAUUUAUAUAUCCUAAAAGGUUGUGGCAAGAGUGUGUACAUGUGACAAAAGUCUUUCUGAACAAAGAGCAAAUUUCGAAGGAGUGAGUAAGAGAGAAUGAGAGAUGAAUAUGACAGACACAAACAUAACUUAAACUAGAUUUUUAUGCCACUAUCUGUUACAGUUUUGAUUGUUUUUUGUUAGCAAUUGACCAGAGAUGGACUGAUAUACUUAGUAAAUAAGUUCUAUGUCUGAGUCAACAAUAACCUGUGCUGUUUCUUUGUUUUAUAGUUAGGCCUAUUUUACUUUUUUGUACCGGUGGGUAUGUUCAAAAGAAUGAGUCCAGUGCAUGUGUUAAAGAUUGCAAAUUAUGUAUGUAAAUAUAGAUUUAUAUAUACAUUGU